AUGAUUCUCAAUAUUCCAGUUAAUAUCCGAUGGAAACAGAACGCAAUAACGGUUGCUGGAGGCCAUGGACAAGGCAAAGGCAACAAUCAACUCGACCAUCCGGGGAGUCUCUUCGUUGAUGAUAAUCAAACGAUGAUCAUCGUUGACUGGUGGAAUGAUCGUAUCGUUCAAUGGAAGGUGGGUGAUACAAAUGGACAAGUGGUAGCUGGUGGUCAUGGUCGCGGAAAUCGGCCAGAUCAAUUGAAUUGUCCAACCGAUGUACUGAUCGACAACGAGACUGAUAGCUUCAUUAUUUGUGAUCGAUGGAAUAGACGAGUCUUACAUUGGCCUCGUAAUAGUGAUACCACUCAAGGAGAAGUUCUUCUCGAUAACAUCGGUUGCUGGGGAUUAGCCAUGGAUGAUCAGAAAUGUCUCUACAUCUCUGACACUGACAAAAAUGAAGUAAGAAAAUAUCAAAUGGGAGACAAAAAUGGGACCAUUGUGGCUGGUGGCCAUGGCAAAGGUAAUGAUCUCAAUCAACUUAACUUUCCGACCUACAUCUGUGUUGAUCAACAACACAGAGUCUACGUGUCAGAUAAUGAAAAUUAUCGUGUGAUGAAAUGGGACAACGGUGCAACAGAAGGAACUGUCGUCGCUGGAAAUCAAGGCAAAGGGAAGGCACUAACACAAUUAUCGCAUCCUCGAGGACUGUUCGUCGAUACAUUGGGUACUAUCUACGUGGUAGACUCGUCGAAUGAUCGAGUAAUGCGUUGGCCUCAAGGAGCAAAACAGGGCACUAUCAUUGUGGGUGGGAAUGGUGAAGGACAAGGAGCUAAUCAGUUUAGUAGGCCUGACGGUUUAUUUUUAGAUCGAUGUGGCCAUCUGUAUGUCGUCGAUUGGGGAAAUGAUCGAGUUCAACGCUUUUCUAUGGAAUAA